AUGGAUUGCAUGGGUUGCAAGGGGGUGCGCAAGGAUUACAGGGGACUAGGCAAGGGCUGCAGGGGUUGCAAGGGUUACAAGGGUUGCAAGGGUUGCAGGGGUUACAGGGGUUGCAAAGGUUGUAACAAGGGUUACAAGGAUUGCAGGGGUUACAAGGAUUGCAGGGGUUGCAAGGGUCACAGAGGGUUAGGCAAGGGUUACAUGGGUUACAGGGGUCACAUGCAUGGGUUGCAUGGGUUGCAAGGGGAUACGCAAGAAUUACAGGGGACUAGGCAAGGGUUGCAAGGGUUGCAGGGGUUGCAGAGGUUGCAAGGGUUGCAACAAGGGUUGCAAGGAUUGCAGGGAUUGCAAGGGUUGCAUUGGUUACUGGGGUCACAAAGGGUUUGGCAAGGGUUACAUGGAUUACAGGGGUCACAUGGUGCUAGGCAAGGAUUACACGGGUUACAAGGGUCACAAGGGUUGCAUGGAUUACAGGGGGUAAGGCAAGGGUUACAGGGGCUACAUGGGUUACACGGGUUACAGGGGGAUAGGCAUGGAUUACAUGGGUUGCAUGGGUUGCAUGGGUUACAGGGGUUACAGGGAUUACAGGGGUUGCAGGGGUUGCAGGGGUUGCAGGGGUUGCAUGGGUUGCAUGGGUUGCAGGGUAGACAGGGCGAGACACAGACGCACGGCGUGCAGCUCAUCGGGCAUGGACAGGGCGUACAAGGUCGACUGCAAACCUGGCUGCUGACGCACCUCCACGGCGCUGCGGCCGCAUAA